AUGGUGAACCGUGUCGAGGUGGCGGCGGAGGUGCAUUGUGCGGCAUCCCCCCGACCAGAGACCAGGAGCAGAGAGUGGUUCCGUCGGCGGGAGAGGGCGUCUGUACUUUUUCAGGCAUUUCCACAAAACCUAAAGGUUGAACCCAUUGUGGUGCAAGAAAAGGAUUAUGGGUCAGAGGUGGGCCUGCUGCGUCGUGCACCAGCCACGUCUUUGCAGCAUCCUCUUGAAGCUUCAGAACGAUCUUAUCACAAGCGCCAGGAGCAACUGAGGCUGACUUCUGCUAAUAAAGUUUUUGGAAUUGGAUUUGCAUUGCACCUUCGGCACGAAAGAUCUGCUGCUGCAUGUCCCGAGAUUGGCCAUUUAGGCUUCCUGCCGAAGUCUGAUGCUCACUUUCAGGCAUUAACAGGUCGAGAUUUGGACUUGGAUUUCACCGAUACACUUGGCCUUGAACCAGAGGUUUCAUGUAAUCCUCAUUUAUAUAUGGAAAAGAUGCAGCAGUGUUCCCGAUUUGGCAUAUAGAAACAAUUUAUUAGAUGAGUGAAGAAUAAGUAAAUUCUUUAAUAUGCUGUUUCUAAAGUUUUUGGAUAACUAGGAAUUUUCUCUGAUGUAUACAGAGUACAUAUAACAUUUAUUUGUAAGGUUUCUUGUAUAAAACUAAAUGAGAAAA